AUUGUAAACCAAACCUAAAGCCACUGAACCUUUGGAGUUUGAUAUGUUGAUUAGAGCAUAACCGGAGUGACACGUUGAACUCGCCAUAAUCAAGGAACCCUUUUCCGGGUGGGGAUCUCUGAAAUCACUCAGUGAGCAACCCUAAUUAACCUGAUUUUUUGCUGAUAAUCACUCUCAAUGGAAUCAAAUCACAAAUCCGGGGAUGGAUUGAGCGGCACCCAGAAGGAAGCAGCCCUCCGCGCACUGGUCCAGCGCACAGGAUAUAGCUUGGUCCAGGAAAAUGGACAAAGAAAAUAUGGCGGCCCUCCACCGGGCUGGGAUGCUGCACCCCCAGAAAGAGGCUGUGAAAUUUUUAUUGGAAAACUUCCCCGAGACCUUUUUGAGGAUGAACUUAUACCACUAUGUGAAAAAAUUGGUAAAAUUUAUGAAAUGAGAAUGAUGAUGGAUUUUAAUGGCAACAAUAGAGGGUAUGCAUUUGUAACUUUCUCAAAUAGACAGGAAGCCAAGGAUGCAAUCAAGCAACUUAACAACUACGAAAUUAGAAACGGGCGCCUCCUCGGGGUGUGCGCCAGCGUGGACAACUGUCGGCUGUUUGUGGGGGGCAUCCCGAAGACCAAGAAGAGAGAAGAGAUCUUAGCAGAGAUGAAGAAGGUCACCGAGGGCGUCGUCGACGUCAUCGUCUACCCGAGCGCCGCAGAUAAGACCCGAAACCGGGGCUUUGCCUUCGUGGAGUAUGAGAGUCAUCGCACGGCUGCCAUGGCCCGAAGGAAGCUGCUGCCAGGAAGGAUUCAGUUAUGGGGACAUCCCAUCGCCGUAGACUGGGCGGAACCGGAAGUAGAGGUUGAUGAGGACACGAUGUCGUCGGUGAAAAUCUUGUACGUGAGAAAUCUGAUGCUGUCUACCUCGGAAGAGAUGAUUGAGAAAGAAUUCAACAAUAUUAAACCAGGUGCUGUGGAAAGGGUAAAGAAGAUCCGAGACUAUGCUUUUGUGCACUUCAGUAAUCGAGAAGAUGCUGUUGAGGCUAUGAAAGCUUUAAAUGGGAAGAUGCUGGAUGGUUCCCCCAUUGAAGUGACCCUAGCGAAGCCAGUAGACAAAGACAGUUAUGUUAGGUACACCCGAGGCACGGGCGGAAGAGGCAGCAUGCUGCAAGGAGAGUACACCUACUCUUUGGGCCAUGUUUAUGAUCCCACCACGACCUACCUUGGAGCUCCUGUCUUCUAUGCUCCUCAGGCCUAUACAGCAAUUCCCAGCCUUCAUUUCCCAGCCACCAAAGGACACCUUGGCAACAGGGCCAUCAUCCGAGCUCCUUCUGUGAGAGAAAUUUACAUGAAUGUACCUGUAGGGGCCGCGGGAGUGAGAGGACUGGCCGGCCGUGGCUAUUUGGCCUAUACAGGCCUGGGUCGUGGAUACCAGGUCAAGGGAGACAAGAGAGAAGACAAACUCUAUGACCUUUUACCUGGGAUGGAGCUCACCCCAAUGAAUCCUGUCACUUUAAAACCCCAAGGAAUUAAACUUGCUCCCCAGAUAUUAGAAGAAAUUUGUCAGAAAAACAACUGGGGACAGCCAGUGUAUCAGCUGCACUCGGCCAUUGGACAAGAUCAGAGACAACUAUUCUUAUACAAGAUAACCAUUCCUGCCCUGGCCAACCAGAAUCCUACAAUCCACCCCUUCACGCCUCCGAAGCUAAGUGCGUACGUGGAUGAAGCAAAGACCUACGCGGCGGAGUACACCCUGCAGACCCUGGGCAUUCCCACUGACGGGGCCGACGCCCCCACCGCGGCCGCCGCCACCGCCUUCCCAGGAUACGCUGUCCCCAACGCAACGGCGCCUGUGUCCGCAGCCCAGCUCAAGCAAGCAGUGACCCUUGGACAAGACUUAGCAUAUACGACGUAUGAGGUCUACCCCACUUUUGCAGUGACUGCCCGAGGGGAUGGAUAUGGAGCCUUCUGAAGAUACCUUUCUUUUAAUUUAAGACACACAAAACUCUAUCUAGAAGAAAUAAACCUCUCACUGAGUUUCCUUAUGAUCACAAGUCAUACUUUUUCUAAAGGGAUGCCCUUCCUGAGACUGUGCAGCUUAUGCUAAUUCUAGAGUCAUGACAUGAGGACAUAUUCCCGGUGAAAUGAGAUGUCAAGAAGCCUUUUGCCUGACAGAAAUCUUAAGAGCCAGUGCCCCCCAAAAGUUAUUUCUCCCAGGUUCCUGAGUGACGUGGGCAUGCGUCGACAUGAAGAGAGAUCUUUUAACCAGCAAAUGUUCAGGGGGCUGAGCAGACCUGGCCCGGCAGGAGCAACAGAGGGAGGCAAGUAAACUGCAGAGUCUUAACCCCAGCUCACAGCUGCUUUUGUGAUCCACGAAGUCACAGACAGGAAGGGGGAGGGUGGAGGAUGCUGUCAGAAAUGCCUACCCCGUUGCCCACCGCAUGGGCAUCUCCAUCUCAGGUCAGAACCUAUGAAAGACAGCCCAAGAUUUGAUGGGGCCAGCAUCACUUCAGGUGCAAAAUCCUACCUCCUCUAUCUGUCCUAGGCCCUGUCACCCACAUCCCCUGGGGACCUCCUGGAAAUCAAUGUGAUGUGGUACAGAUAAGGAUAAAAUGAAUCCAAGCCUGUUUAUUAAGCUCAUCAGCCCACACCUCUUCUUCCUUGGAGCACCUACCCUUCCCAAGGAUCCUCCAACACAAUAAUCAUCCCAACUUAAAAUGGCUUCUCAUUUCAAACAUUUUGACUCGUCCACAUGGAUUUGUUUUCAUACCAGUUUCAUUUUGCUCGUAUCUCGUGCCAUAAAAAAAAAAAUAGCACAUCAAAUAUACAGACUAUCACCUAGGAUGCUUUUUCCUAUUCAGCAAAUGGGUUGAAAAGUCAUUUCAAACAGAGACGUGAAGAUCUACUCUCAUUUCUUUGGUCUUCUUGCAGCACCCAGACCAGCAUCCAGCAUUCAGAGACAGUUGGGGCUGGCCUUGGACUGUCUAACCCCUUAUAUUAAAUCUGCCAAGAAAUCCUCUGCCUUCCCUUCCUUCUGUUUUCAACAAGUGUCAGACGGUUUUACAAUAUCUGAGUCCUUUGGUCUUGAAAGCAUCACAGAAAACCUUAAACUUGCCACUGCUGAUUAGAAGCAGAUUCUUAGACUCCCAGCAAGGAUGUUAGUGACCAAAGUCCCAUGGGCUUAGGGCCUCUCUGCAGAAACAUCUCCUGGGGAUGUAGGUGCUACAAAAACUGGGAUUGGAGGGAGCAGAGGCACUACUUUCUUGCCAUUCUUGUAAAUGACUGCUUUUUGUUCAAAACAGAAACAAUCGAGGUCUGAACUCCAAACACCUAUCACUACUGCUUCUGUCUCAUUCGUGAUUUAAGACAUAUGGUACCAGAAUUUCCGGGGGGGGGGGGGGAAAUCCCUUGGCCCUGGUAAAAUUCUACAGGACUCAAAGGGAAACAUAAACCCAAAGACAGAAAAAUUUGUCUUGAAUGGACUCCUGGGAUUCAACCUCAGCCCAGAUUCUAGUCAAAAUCGGCUCAAUUCCAAUAACCAUUGCAAGUCCUUGUAACUGUUCAGUUCCAUUAAGUCCAUUCAGAUAUCAAAGACCUCAAGGCCGCAGCUCGCACUCUGAAAGGUUCGGUGCUUUUGGCUUUACAUUUUGCUCCUCGUACUCCGGAGGCCAGUGGUUCCCGGGCUUGGCUGCGCAUUCGAAACAGCUGGACUACCUUGCAGAGCGCCAUGCCAAGAUGACGCCUGGCACCCAUUAGGUAGGGUACCAUGGGGCAGGUGCCCGGCCUCGGUGUUUCAAGAUCUUGGGUGAUUUCAAUGUGCAGCUCACUUUGGGAACGGCUCCGGUCUGUCCACUUCCAGCCAACCCUUAAUGUUUUCUUUAAUUUAUUUCACUUUCAUUAAACAGAAAAAUGCAAGAAAAAAAUCUGUCUAAGUCAAAACGGAUAGCCAACUCAUAGUUUUGCAAAGAUUCAUCUCAUAAGACGUACAAACUCAAAUAUAAUUCACAUUGGCUUCAAAAUAACUCUUGGACCAAACGAAUAUUUUUAAAUGAGAAAGUGAAAAAUUCUCCCAUCAGCAGUUCUGAGGUCCAAAUCUACAUUCCCACACAAGACCUGCUUUUAUACUCAGAAAGAGUAAUGACCUUGGGGCAGGCAAGUUCCUACUUAGUCCAAAAAAGCAUUCCAGAUUCCAAGAGUGAAAGUUUUAAUGUUCUUUAAAAAUCUUCAAAUAUAGAAAACAGUGCUCUGCAUGUCCAGCCAGUGCCAAGUCGAAGGUCUGAUCCAGAGGAGGUUUAAAUUUAAUCAGAACGAACAAUUAGUUAAUACGGGAAUCUCUUAGGAGAAAAAAGAAGCAUUAUUCCAGAUUAAAUCAUCAUAAUUUUUUUUAAGGCUAAGAACAGAAACCUAAAUAUACAAAAACAGCAACGUAUCAAGAAAAUUGCUAUGGGAACACCCUCUCGCUCCUUGCUUAAGGAAACACAAGUGUUUGUACACUAACCUCCUAAGGACUGAUUUUAUUCGAGUGAGUAGAAGUGGUUUUAGCAAGAUCUAGAAAAUAUUCUGAAUUCCAUUAGAACAUAUUCAUAGGAAGUAUCAAUGUGUCUACUGUGCCAUCCGUGUGUAUUUACUUCGUCCAAAUUAAGUAACGGAGAGCAACUACAGAGCUCCACAAACUCAUUAUACAGCUCUAGUGAGUUUGAAACUUCAAAAAAUAGGACUGUUAAAAAUCAUGUGUGGAACCAAAGGCUUAUUUUGCAUGAUGUUUAUGUUUUUGGACUUUGGAAAUUCUUGUGCAUCGACAUCUAUUUUUUUGUUGUUAUUUCUUACUUUAUUGCUUCCUGGGGGGGGGGGACUCUUUAUAGAGGAAAUUCAAAUGAGUCAGCCGACCAAAAAUAAAAAUAAAAAUAAAAUGAGUCAACCAACCAAGUGAUAACAGAAUACCCAAACCAAUAAUUUAGAAGCAUCUAGUAAGUUAGAAUUGAGCUUCUAAAUUUUGGUGAUGAAAAGCUUAGUGAAAAUUAAAAAUCAGCUGUGAGAUGAGACAUUUAUUUUCUUACCUGUAAAAAUGCUGCCUAUUCUCAAAUUGCUGUGCUUGCUUCCCACCCCAUUCCUAUCACUAAAAGACCAUCUUUAAGUCCCACCCCUACCCAAACCUGGUAUCACGCCAAACCACACCGUGUUUGGGUAAAAGCACCCAAAAUGCUGCUAGAAAGCUACCUCGUGUUAAGAAAACAUUGACUUCGAGAAAUUCCUAAGCAACCACAGUUCUUUGACUUUUUAAUGAUGGAUGGAAAUCACACUAUAGCUAUGUCUUGACAAUAGUUACUCAGGAAAUUAGUUUUAGUUUUACUUAAAAGUUUAAAAGAAAAAAUACAAAAAAAAAAAAAAAGAAAAGAAAAAAUACAUACGUUCUUCCAAUCACAUAGACUUUUCUUAGUUUUCCAUAAAUAUCACCUCCAAUAACGUCCGAUGUAUAUUCAUUUUCACGCUAUUUUUCAAUGACUAUUUUAUAGUUCAGUCUUGGCUCACAGGGUCACAAUGUGAAUCCAUGGGGGACGGGGCGGUUCUCCGGGGUGCCUUUUUCAGGAAUAAGGGUCAGUAAAGAAAGUAUUGCAAGUAAAUUGUCCUUGUAUGCAAAGCUACGAAGUCUGAUAAAAUGUAUCACUGCUGCGCGACUCCAGGCCUACCCACGAUGUUCCAAAAGCAACCUACAACUAAACGUGGACAAUGACCCCCAAGAUAAUAUGAAUUAUCCCCUCCUCGCAUCCAUACAGAAAUUCCCAGGAGAUGAAAGGUAACCUGCAACUCAACCUGGAGACCUGGUACUUUUUCACAUAUCUUCCGGAUGCAUUUAUGUACCAGAGAUACAAUCUGUUCGAGAUGAAACUAAGCUUCAACUGUGACACUUUUAGUGAACUUUGUGAUCCUGUUGAAAGAAAAUAUUCAUAUUAAUAGCAUAAUUUAGGAAUUUGAAUGUACCAUGGAAAGACAGAGAAACAGGGCAACCCACAUUCCUACCUGACGUGCGAUAGUGAUCUACUGUGUUUCGUUGAACCCACCGCCAAAUCUGAUGCCGAGAUUUUACUUCAUCCCAGUGAUGUCCAGACAUGCUUUGAGCUUUGCGAGAACAUAGCCUUAGACAACGGGAUGCAUCCACCAGGAUAUAUGUUUAUAUUCGCCAACAUUAGAGCAAAGCAAAGCAAGUCCUGCUACAGUAAGUCAAAGGAGACUUUCCGACCCCCAUGCCCUAUCACUUUACUUAUGGAGUAAAACACUUUUUUAGAAAUUUCCUUCAAUAAAAACAUGGGUACAGGAUAUUCUGUUGCUCCCAAAAUGUCCGUUUUAAAAGCCAGCUUUUUCUUACAGAGUAGAAUGUGUGCGUUUAAGAGGGACAGCAGUGCAUACCUCGGACACGCACACUCAUUUAGGGGAGGAUGCGGGCUUUAUGCGUCCCCAGGUGCCCUGAGCUUUGCAGAGAAGAUGAGAGAACACCUGAAGCUUCAGCUAAUAGUGAAGAGAAACGAGUAAGCCGUCUAGAAGUGAAAAAUAAUUCACUUAUUCUUCGGGAAACCAGCAGCCUCCGUUCAUUCAACCGUGCCCAGAAUGACACUGAGAACCCUCCCGCUUCUCCCUCUCUCACCGUUCUCUCAUUUCGGGAGAGAAGUCGAGAAAAAGACUAUGAUGCCUCGUCCUCUCUUCACAUGUGUUACCUUGUCUAAGGGGAGGGGAGAUGCCAAGAAACGGGCCUUUAAAAAAAAGUCAGCUGCCAGCAGGAAGCUCUUGGAUACACAGAGAACAUCAGCCCCACUCUGGGUUUAGUGCUGUCUGGGUGACGGCACGUCCCCACUGGCUGGGCAGCCCGCUUUGCCCUUGUGAACCAUGGGCCUUCGUGUCACAAGUGCACCUGAAUGUAGACAAUGUACCAUGACCCCAUCUUUAUGGCUCCCUUAUUUUCUUUUCUUUUCUUUUUUCCUAUUCUUUUCCUUCUUCUUUUCUUUUCUUUCUUUUCUUUUCUUUUCUUUUCUUCUUUUCUUUUCUUUUCUUUUCUUAAUCUUGUAAAACUGGCUGUCUCCUCUCCAGUAAGCAAAAGGUCCCGAUGACUUCCUUCUGUUGGGGGCGAGAGCCUAGUGAACAGACAGGAACGUGUCAUCUUCUCCUUGGUGGUCACCCUCUGGCCACUGCCUGUCCAGGGACCCCACACACAACCCCUUCCUGGUCCUAUAGUCCUUCCCAGUCCCCGGGCUCUCGGUCCCCAGUUGUGCUUUCAGUGGACAGAGUGAGCGCCCCCCAACCCUGGGGCCACAUGGGACAGAGGCCCAGAGAGCCAGGGCCUGAGGAGGGUCUUCAGAGGAUUUGCUUCCUCCGCAAACCAAGCUCCUCAUACCGCACACCAGAAAGGACUCGCAACCUAAACCUUCAUCUUACAAGGCACAUUGUCGUUUCCCCUCCGUGUUUUGCAGAUUUGCUCCGACACUUAUUCUCCCCUCCCAUUACGCUUGCCCAUGAACUUGACCAAAUCCUCAGAUGAUCUCAUAUGAAGUUCCAAAUAUUUCUUAAUGGAAAAUAAUACUGCCAGGUAUCUUCCUGUUUCUGUACUUCUUUUCUUACUCUUUCAUUAUUUUCUUCGCUAAUAUUAAGAACUAAGCACAUCCUAAUCUUCUAUUGCUAUAAACCCACAAGCUCUCCCCGUAGGGUGUAUGAUCAUUCUGUAUUCACUACGCACCUUCUCUAACGCCAGGAACUAUGAACGUGUGUGCGGUGUGCGCGUAUUUCCACAGCGGGGUACACGGUCUGGUGAUCCAUUCUACGUUUUUAUAAACUGAAUAUGAUUGCACUUAGGUUCACCAGUUGGCAGCUCGUUUCACUUAGUCAGAAUCCCCACCAUGAAAUCAAACUCUGUUCUAAAUGUUAAGAUUCAACUAUUAUUGCCAAAUACUAGCUGGACACCGUAAGCCCUUUUAGAGAUUCAUUUUAACUCUUCACCUAUUAUUACUGCUGUUCAAGUAAAAUGAGUCUUCAAGUAUGUUCCCCAGGAGAAAUACAAAAGACAGUGUAAAAAAUUUAAAAAAGAAGGAACGAUUUUUGUUAGAGGUCCAGAAGCUUUAAAACACGCGACUGACAAGUUCGCAUGCUGAUUCGUGAUGUCAAAGACCAGGUACUCAAGCUUGGCUGUUCUCUUGAACACAUUUUGGUUAUUAACUAUUUUGGGGUUUUUUUUCUUUUUUUUUCUUUUCUUUUUGUUUUCUAAAUAUACUCGUGUUUAUAAAAUUCAAAAUCUUCUUUAAAAAGCCUCAUCUAUAUGUUUUGCAAUAAAUGACCUGCAAUGAAGUAUACAUGUUCUAUUCAGAUGUACAUUUUAUUUUGAAAUUUGGCACUUUCCACUGUAAUUCCUAAGAGAUCUGGGGGAUGGUAGGAUAAGAGCCGCAGAUAAGUGUAUUGAAAUCAAUCUAUUGUUAUCAGGGGUUUAAAUGUUUGAUGUGAUUAUUGAUAAUUUUGUUUCUAUUCCUUCAUGAGUUUUUUUUUUCCUACUUUUCUGCCGGCAGUAGAGCCAGGUAUCAUUAUUCCCUGCCAACAAAAAUAAUACUGUCGGCAACAUGCAUUUCUCUUUUCCAGGUGUUUAACCAUCUCUUGCUUCUUGUCCUUUUUUGUUAUUAGUGACUUUAUUUAUGUGACGUUAGUUAGCUGAGGUACCAAAAGAGAGACAGAGAUUAAAAACAGUAUUAAAGAAGGUGCAAAAGGCACUUAUUUUUGUACUCUGAGUACAGUAUUUUAUAGAACUCUGGUCGGUCUAAAUAUACUAAGUAAAAUUACAACAUCCGUUCAUUGGGAAAAUGAUCAUUGGUUUGGAAGAUGUAAACAUAAUGGUACCACAGGAUCAUAAAUCACAUGAAAUGAAAGGUAAUGCAGUAUUGUGAUGACUCGUGUAAUUUCAAGAUGACAAAGUGGUUUCAGUUGAAUUUUCAAGUAACAUUAUAAAGUUUUAAAAGUACAA